AGCAAGUGCAGCACCUCUUCCUGAACAGCGCCAGCACCUGCAGGAGCUGGGGUGCUCUGGCCAGAUCCUCCCCAAGCUAAUAUGGGGAAUACCUUGAGUGUCCCAGAAGAUGCUGAAGAAGAUAAUACCUGCAUGAUCAAGAGUUACCAGGCUAUAUCUGAAUCUCCUGAGAAUAUUAAAAAUGGAUCUGUUGCAGUUGUUCAGGCUACUUCUCCUACAAUGAAUGGUGAAGUGGAUGCAAAGGCAAGUGUUGCACGGGAUAAUGUGGCUGUUUCUUCCCCGAAGACAAUGGAGAUAAGCUCCGUUUCUGAUGCAGGCGGAAAGAAUCUGGGGAACGACGCCAAGAAACCCAUGCCAUCUGCUAAAUCUCGUUCUGUCUUUGCAUUUUCAUGGCCUGUACCAGGGCGUACUGAAGAUCAAGCUACAGAUUCAUCAGCUGGAUCAGCUAAACUUGAUGUCAGCUCAGAGAUGCCCGAAGUGAACAAAGCACUAAGUCAAAGCGUGGAGUUUCCUGCAGCAGCUGCACUGGAGCAAUGCUCACAUAAAAACCUGACCCAGGCCCCUCCUGCAGCAUCACUUAGUGAAGUCGAACUCACAGCACCGGGGACACCUGAGGGAGAUGAUGCAGCUGUGUCGGAGCCAAAACAAGUAACCUUUUUUGAUAGAAUCUUCAAACUGGAGAAGAAAAAGGAAAGGAGUAAAACGCAAAUUGAUCCCCAAGAGGAAAGGCAGACUUCAGACACUCCUGACGGAAGCAUCCCAGCAAAAGAGGCUGUCGGAUUACAGAGCACAUCAAGCAGUGUCCCACAGGGGAAGGAGAUAGAUGACUGCAACCAAAAAGACAAGCAGCAGGACGCAGCAGGUGUCAACUGUGCCACUACUGAGCAACCUGAAAAGGCAGAGGUAAAACAAGAGAACCCUCAAGGAGCUGCUGCAGUGGACAACAAUAAUUCUGUCAUGAGUUUCCUUAAAACGCUGGUGUCCCCAGGCAAAGCUGAAGCUAAAAGUGAUUCUGAAGACAAGGGAUCGAAAGUGGAAAAAGGCCAUGGUGGGCAACCUGCUCCGAAGACAGCUGCUGAAUCCCAAACGAAAGGAGCCAAGAAAAAGAAGUCAGAGAGUCCCAAGUUAGGACACAGUACAUUUAGCAAACUCUUUAGGCAUAAGGCUGCGAAAGAGGCCCAACAGACUACUAAUACCAAAAGCACUGAACAGCAGCCUGUGACCUCUGUAAAAUCAGAAAAAAACACUCCAUCCUCUCAAGAGCCUCAAACAACUAAGCACAACACAAAAGCCCCUGAACCUGCAGCGCAGCCACAGGCAGCAGCAGCAGCUACUGAAGCACCCAAAGAGCUGACCAAGGAGAAAGCAUCAUCUGCUCCCACGCCUCUCAGCAAACUCUUUCGGAAAAAGAACCCAUCGGAUGAAGCAGAGGUGGUUGUAAGCAAUGAAAAAGCAGACACGUCUUUAGAAGCAGUGGCUCCUGAUAAAGAUGAGAGUAAAAGCCCAGAAGCUGCAGAAGUGAAACCUAGAAGAGAAGAAAUUAAAACCCCCAAAGCAAACCUGAGGAAGUUUUUUAAACUGUCAGUCAAGGGUGAUGGAGGGACAACCAAAUCAGAAGAGGUAAAUGGGCCAAACCCCAAUCACCAAACAUCAAACUCCACAGAGAGGCCAGUUGCCCCAGCUGAAAGUGAACCUGUGGGCCAAAAGAGCAAAGAGAGUUCAAAAGACAAGAAGUCUACAGUGGAGCUGAGCAAGCAGAAAGGCAACAAACAGGAAACCAGAGAGCAGCCAGACUUCAGAGAGCAGCAAACAACUGAGACCGAUGCUAUCCAGAAUGGAGGAGACACUUCAAAGGAACCCUCCUUCAAGAAGACAGAGAAGAGGCAGUCAUUUGGAGGGUUUUUAAAGGGCCUCGGUCCCAAAAGGAUGUCUGAUGCCGAAGUGCAAACAGAUCCCGUGUCUAUCCUACCUGCUGGGAAAUCCAAGUAAUGAAUACACUUGGCUGCUGAAGGAUCAGCAGCUCUCUAAAAGCUCCCAUGCA